AUUGGCAGGCAGACUCUCAACCACUGCGCCACCAGGGAAGCCGCUAUGCUAUUAUUUUUAAAACAUAAAAUCAAAUAAAUGGUCAUUCAUAUAGUACCAAAGAUGUCUCUGGAGACAACAAUAUUCAUAUCCACUGACCAAAGUAAUUUCAUGAAGAAAAAAAUCCUUAACCCAAAAGAUAUCAAAUAAAAUGCAUUUACUUUACUACAUGAACUGAUAAUUAAAAGAAUUAGAUGCUCAUUAAAAAAAUGCAGCCUCGUUUGUGCAUAGCCUGGGUCAAACAAUCCUUUGUAUCAGAAAGAUAAAAACAAAAUAAUCAUAUUUAAGUACUUAUGUACUUCUCCAAAAGAUGAACAGUUAGGUGUUUGAUAAAUUUGAAAACCUGAUUGUAUAUAAUGAUCACCAUAUUUGGUGGGGGGGGUACAUAAAAAAAUCAAACAGAUCAUAAUAUGUUAUUUUAAAAAGUGAUAAGACAAUUGUACCAUUUUAGAAAAAAUAAAAAGGCAGAGUUAAAAAUAGUUAAAUAUCUUAGAAAACCAUCCACAAGGAAGGUCAAAUUCAUUUUCAACAUUUUUCAAUGUAUAAAAUGAAUGAACAGUAGGCGCAAUAAAAAGAACCACAGAUUCUUCACGAGGUGAAUGUUAAAAUGUGGAGCCUAAGCUCAAAUCACAGAAAUGGGUAAAGGCCAGGUCUAAUGUGCACGAGGUUUUCCAUCCUACAGCAAAUCUGAGAUAUAUGGGUACACUCAACACUAAAUUAAAAAAAAAUUUCUUUUGGUCCAUUCUGUUGCGUGUGCACCUCUUGCAAUAAAUUUGAGUCAGCACCAAUGACAGCUCUGCAGUCCUCCUAUGUGGUACUGAUCAGGUGGUUGCAGAGCUUCAGCUCACAGCAACACAAUGCAGCUGAGCAGGCAAGCACAGCCCACAGCCAGAAGCGGUUCCUACUUUCCAGAACAAGGCGACCUUUAAGCUUAAGUUUCCCGGAGAAAAUGAGAUGCUGAUGUAGAAGACAACACUAUGGCUUUGAUGGAAUAUCAGAUAUUGAAAAUGUCUCCCAGCCUGUUCAUCCUUCUGUCUCUCACACCUGGUAUUUUAUGCAUUUGCCCUCUCCAAUGUAUAUGCACCGAGAGGCACAGGCAUGUGGACUGCUCAGGCAGAAACUUGACUACAUUACCAUCUGGACUGCAAGAGAAUAUUAUCCAUUUAAAUCUGUCUUAUAACCACUUUACUGAUCUGCAUAACCAGUUAACCCAGUACACCAAUCUGAGGACCCUGGACAUUUCAAACAACAGGCUUGAGAGCUUGCCUGCUCAGUUACCUCGGUCCCUCUGGAACAUGUCUGCUGCUAACAACAACAUUAAACUGCUUGAAAAAUCUGAUACUGCUUAUCAAUGGAACCUUAAAUAUCUGGAUGUUUCUAAGAAUAUGCUGGAAAAGGUUGUCCUCAUUAAAAAUACACUAAGAAGUCUUGAGGUUCUCAACCUCAGUAGUAACAAACUCUGGACAGUUCCAACCAACAUGCCCUCCAAACUACAUACUGUGGACCUGUCUAACAAUUCCUUGACACAAAUCCUUCCAGGAACAUUAAUAAACCUGACAAAUCUCACACACCUUUACCUGCACAACAAUAAGUUCACAUUCAUUCCAGAUCAAGCUUUUGACCAACUCUUUCAGUUGCAAGAGAUAACCCUUUACAAUAACAGGUGGUCAUGUGACCAUAAACAAAACAUUACUUACUUACUUAAGUGGAUGAUGGAAACAAAAGCCCAUGUAAUAGGGACUCCCUGUUCUAGCCAGAUAUCACCUUUGAAGGAACAUAACACACACCCCACACCUUCUGGAUUUACCUCAAGCUUGUUCACUGUAAGUGGGAUGCAGACAGUGGACACCAUUAACUCUCUGAGUAUGGUAACUCAAUCCAAAGUGACCAAAAUACCCAAACAAUAUCGAACCAAGGAAACAACGUUCGGUGCCACUCUAAGCAAAGGCACCACCUUCACUAGCACUGACAAGGCUUUUGCGCCCUAUCCAGAAGAUACAUCCACAGAAACGAUCAAUCCACAUGAAGCAGCAGCUGCAACUCUAACUAUUCACCUCCAAGAUGGAAUGGUUACAAACGCAAGCCUCACUAGCUCAACAAAAUCAUCCCCAACACCCAUGACCCUAAGCAUUACUAGUGGCAUGCCAAAUAAUUUCUCUGAAAUGCCUCAACAAAGCACAACCCUUAACUUACGGAGGGAAGAGACAACCACAAAUGUAAAGACUCGCUUACCUUCUUCUGUGGCAAGUGCUUGGAAAGUAAAUGCUUCGUUUCUCUUAAUGCUCAAUGCUGUGGUCAUGCUGGCUGGCUAAGGGUCUGCAUUUUCUGAAAUUAAUGAAAGAACUCCUCCCUGAUGUAUAGUUGGGAAGAUAUGCCCCUAUCUAACCCGUGACUCAAGCUAUAUUAUGUAUUCAAGAAAGCCAGUCUCACAUUUCCGACUCUGAUGUGAAUGAAGCAACUUGUCUUAAUGAAGAGUGCACAAUGUCUCGGUACUUGCUGCUACUUUACUGUCUUAAUGAAGUAAAACUAAUGAGUUUCUUUUUUUUAAAUGAAAUGUUUUCUUUUUAAGGCUUCAAUUUACUGCACAAAAUAUAAAGCAUCUCAACUUUAAUAUGUAUUUUAUGUAUGUUUACACUGUCAAACAUCUGGGAAAAAAUAAAAGGUCUAUGCUCAUAA